GCUCGGACCAUGGGGAGGCCGGGCUGCGCAUGCGCUUUAAGAGGCCCGGCGGUGGCGGUGGCGGUGGCGGCGGCGGCAGCUGUGAGGGGGUUCCCGGAAGAUGGUGCUGAUUAAGGAAUUUCGUGUGGUUUUGCCGUGUUCUGUUCAAGAGUAUCAGGUUGGACAGCUUUACUCUGUUGCAGAAGCGAGUAAGAAUGAAACUGGUGGUGGAGAAGGGAUUGAAGUCUUGAAGAACGAACCUUAUGAGAAGGAUGGAGAGAAGGGACAGUACACCCACAAAAUUUAUCACCUGAAGAGCAAAGUUCCUGCAUUUGUAAGGAUGAUUGCUCCCGAGGGCUCCUUGGUGUUUCACGAGAAAGCCUGGAAUGCUUACCCCUACUGUAGAACAAUUGUAACGAAUGAAUAUAUGAAAGAUGACUUCUUCAUCAAAAUCGAAACAUGGCAUAAACCUGACUUAGGAACCUUAGAGAAUGUUCAUGGCUUAGAUCCAAACACAUGGAAAACUGUUGAAAUUGUCCACAUAGACAUUGCAGAUCGAAGUCAAGUCGAACCAGCAGACUACAAACCUGAUGAAGACCCUGCAUUAUUCCAUUCAGUGAAGACCAAGAGAGGCCCCUUGGGACCAAACUGGAAGAAGGAGCUGGCAAGCACCCCUGACUGUCCUAAGAUGUGUGCCUAUAAGCUGGUGACCAUCAAGUUCAAGUGGUGGGGGCUGCAGAGCAAAGUGGAAAACUUCAUUCAGAAGCAAGAAAAGCGGAUAUUUACAAACUUACAUCGGCAGCUCUUUUGUUGGAUUGACAAGUGGAUUGACCUGACAAUGGAAGACAUUAGGAGAAUGGAAGAUGAGACGCAGAAAGAACUAGAAACAAUGCGUAAGAAGGGUUCCGUCCGAGGCACGUCGGCCGCCGAUGCCUAGAUGAGUCCCCUGUAGGUCAGAGACAUUUUCAAACUGUCUACGGAGUCAAGGCCAAGUGAGGGGAACAAGUGCAGCCUGUGACGAGUGAAGAAGCGACCAGUGUCUCUAGUGUUGAUGUUUCCAGUGUGUGCCUGUGGUGACUCAAGUGCACACACGCACAUACACACACACACACACACACACACAUAUAUACACACACUCUGCGUAUAUGUGUGCGUGUCUGCAGAUGUAUGUAAAACACAUGGUUACAGGCCUAGAUACACAACAAGUGUAUAUAUGUACAUGCAAAACAUUGAAGGGAUCAGUACAGUUUCUCCAAAGUACUGUACCUAUCUUCAGCAAAAAUACUAAAGAAAAUAUUUUCCAUAUAUAUACCUGGAACAGAUUUUAAUAAUCAUCAUCAUGAUGCCCUUGGUAGAUAAAUGGACUACCAUGUGGUACUGGCUGGCGUGCUUCAUGAAUGCCAGGUGUGGACCAGUGUGUGUAGCCUUUGGUUAUGUUUCUGUUGUUUUCAAGUCGCCCCACAUACACUUUUAUUUUCAUCCCAUCAGCAACAGACUCCUAAAGGAAGAUGUCUUCAAAUUUUUAGAUACUACAGUGAAUCUGCAAAGUAAACUCUGGUUGUAUUUAUAACUAUUUAUUUCUGGGUGGCCACUAUCUUCCAGCCAAAUCCAACGAUAUCUGUGAAGGAGUAAAAUUAAAGCUAUUUGCUAGUUUGCCCGAGGGGUGGGGAAAUCCUUUUUUUAAAAUUGCCACUUUUUAUUGGAUUUUUGUAUUUUGAAUUUCAAGUAUUUUUCUACAUCAAAUCUAGCAAAAAACAGUGAUGACGGUUUGUGAUUUAUAAUAAACACUAGACAAUAUUCAGACUCUGGUUAAGCAAACAAGGCGAUAAAGGAAGGUACACCCUCACGAUAUUGUAGGUUGUGCAGAGGACUUCUGUGGAGUUUUGUUUCUGGAAUCCAGUCUGGAGACUAUACAGACCAUCUGUAUUGCUCUGAACUCACGGGUGGAAGAGUAGUGACAUUUAGCUGUUUUCCUAUUGCAGUCAAAGCCAGGGGGAAAUGCUGAUGGUGAGCUAGGAACAGUUUGAAUGUGGCACAAGGCUGUCACCAUGCUAAGACCCAGCUAGAUCCUGAGCAUUGCUGCCAGCACUGCUUUCUUCCUCCCUCCUCCUCCUCUUUCUCUUUUUUUCUUUUCUUUUCUUUUCUUUUUUUUUAAUAGCUAGGUAAGAAUUUUUUUAAUCAACUUUUCUGUCUAAUGCUGUUUUCCCUUGUCAGUCCUGGAAGCAUGAGCAGAAUCAUACUGUUGAAGCCUUCAGGUCACACACUGUCUUUUUAACCUCCACACCCCCAAAACACACCAUCACAGAAUCCUCCAUUCCCCUCAGAACACAUCACCUCAUAGUCCUUCAUGCCCCCCAGAGUACAUCACCCCAUAGUCCUCCAUCCCCCAGAACACACCACCCUAUAAUCCUCUAUUCCCUCCCCAGAACACACCGCAUUAAGUCCUCCAUCCCCCCUAGAACAUACCACCUGUGCAGUCAACCCAUUAGUAACUGUCUGCUGACAUGACAGCCUUGCCCUCCAUGUCCCUGCUCCCAUGGGAGCAAUGACAGGACUUCCCACUGUAUUGCAACAACACCCUGUCAUCCUCAGCAACAAACCCUGGGUUCCAUGUGUCCUCUCUACUCAAGAUAAAUGGGCACUGUUGGGAGAUGGGUGUGGUCACAUCACUGGAGAAGUCACCAGAAGGGUCACCGCCAACCCCAGGCACAGGAGAACCCAGUCUCCCCCAGUGAAACUAACUCAUGGACAUCUGUAGUCUCAUUGGGGACUUGGGCACACAAGGAAAUGAGAGCCUGAUGUGGACUCUAAUUUUUUCUAACAACUAUGGAGAUUGAAGGGAUGUGUGGUGAAUGUAAAAUUACCCCGUUGACUUGGCAAUCUCUUGUGUAAAUUACAGUAAAACAAAGCAAGUGAAAUUGAAACAGAAAUAAAUUUGAUCACAAAAUGCCA